UAGGAAAAACCACAACUCCCAGACUCCUCUGCGGCUCCCAGACUCCCCUGUAAUACCUGAAGUCACGUGAGCGUCUGCAGCCCCUCUGUGAUGCUUUGUGGGGAACAACGCGGAGAUGUUUGGGCGGACGCGACAGUAGCUAGAAACAAAUGAACAAGUGCACUGGAGCAGCCGAGACGAGGCCAGCCAUGCAGAGUCCCACCGGGUCCCAACAGCAGUGCGAACCCGGAGACCGAAGCUCCGCCAGCACCGGGAGGACCAGAUGCCCAGCAAGAGGACAGCGAAUCCGCUGCUCCCUGCUCGGGUCGAAACCGUCGCGAAGCCACCGGAGAAAAGCGCCGGGGUGCAAACGGAAGACGCGCAGAGGACGCCAGUCACGCGCGUAGCGGAGAACGAGCCCGCUGCUGAGACGCCGGCAGACUCCUCCGGGAACGCGGACCGCGCUUUGGAGCCGAAUGUCUCUGCGGAACCGACGCCGGAGACCAAAGCGAAUCCAGCCGGCAAAAUGCAAAAGGAAAAGAAAGCGGAUAAAGGCGCACGUGAAGGCAGGAAAUACGUUCUUUCCAAGAAGGCCAUGAUAGACCCUCUAAAGAUGGACAUGUCCAAACAAAUACUACUUCCUCUCACAUCAUCUAAAAUCUCCCUGCAGUGCUUCGAGUGCCACAUCAUCUUCAGCGAUUACAAGAGCAAGGUGCGUCACCUGAAGUUGAACCACCCAGCAGAAUAUGAAGAGUGCAUACUGAGCAACGCCCUCUUCGCCUGUUACAUAUGUGAUCGCCAAUUCACCAACUCUACGGAGCUCAUGGUCCACCAGAAAGCCCACACGGAGGAGACACCCUUCAAGUGUCCAGUCUGUGGCCAAUCUUUCCGCAAGUCAUCAGAGCUCACCUUUCAUAGAAAAAAACACUUUGACGGGGAAGGCUAUGCUUGUGCCGACUGUGGCAAACCGUGCAAAACAAUGACACUGCUGAAGUAUCACCGUCGCACACACACGGGAGAGAGGCCGCAUGUUUGCAAAGAGUGUGGAAAUAGGUACAUCACGACCAAAGCUUUGCAGAAACAUUUGGUCGUACACCUGCCAAAGGGAGCUGAAGGAGAGCGGGUAGACGGCACUGCAAAAACCAAGCCGAAGAAAGCCGAAGGUGCUACUCCAAAAAAGUAUCCUUGUUGUGUAUGCAAGGCCACUUUCAAGACUAUCAGGACAAGGCUAUAUCACAUGAAAACUAAGCACAAUAUGCAGCCUGCUGCAGCCAGAAAGGCCCUCUCAGCUGGGCUGCAAGUGGAACAAGGUAUACCCAUCAUAACUCCAAUAUCUAUUCACCAACCAGCACUCCUACAGGUGGGGCCCAACGGGCCGCUGCAAAAAGUUGAUGCCAAUAUUGACACAGAGCAGAUUUGUAGACUUAUUGAGGCUUUGGGAAAUGUGCAGAAAGUAAACCAAGUUGUAAUAUUGGGGCAGGUGCCCCCUAAUGCCCCCCCGCUGGAAGUGCAGCAGGUCUCACAACUGGCUGAAACGACACAUUUGAAUCCCCACCCACCAACGAUGGACUUUAUGGGACUCAAAGGAACUGAAUCUAAGAUGGUUGGAUUGGACAUUUAUAACAACCCCACGGAUUCAAUGGAGCAAACGAUUAUACUUGAACCUAUUACUCCAGAAGGGCAAUUAGAAAACCCCUCUUUCGCAGAACUGGGAUCCCACAUAGCAGCGGGUGAAAAUACAGAGCUAACACUGGUUCAGACUGAACAUACAGAGAGAGCUGAGGGAGAGGUGACUCAUCAGAUCAUUCAACAGUCCAAUAUUGUCGAAAUUCAGUCUGAUCCUAUGAAUCAAAUUAUUUGUCAGAACGAGGUAGAGCAAGACCUCGAGCAAACCGUCAUAUUAGAACUCAUACCAACUGUGGACCUGGAACAAUGCCAAACUGUGACAUAUGAAGACAUCUCGCCGGCCUGCCUCGUUCCAACUACUGACUUGGAGAAGACUUCUGAUCACUCUGCAUUAGAUGAGCAGAUCAGCCUGUCCACUCCAUUACUUAUGAAUACAGUUGAGCUGCAGUUGGCCCCUCUAGGCACCGAGCAUCAGGGCCUUCCUUCUUACCCUUUGUAUCCACCAGACACACUCACACAAACUAUCAGUGAAUCAGAAACUAAUCUCAAAGAACAGACUGAUUCACAGAUGAAAACUGUAAGUCUAGAUCAGGGCCAACCUGUAGGGGAUGGAGAUGCACCACACGAGCCAGAAGAAAAGCCUGGACCGUCUGAACAAGAUUCAUCUGUGAAAUUACUGGCAGACAGCAAGGAGAGUCAGGAGCAGGUGGAGAACAAGUCUGAAGUAGAGGAUCCAACCGCUAAAGACGAGGUUCCACCGAAGAUGAAGCCGGUGUCGGAGUUACCGGUAAAUGUAAUGUCAGCUCAAGAACUGGUUAAAGUGCGGAAAAGAAAGCCGACCAGGGCGUUUAUCUUUCAAGGAUGUAGGCAAGAACUGGUCGGAUGUAUAAGUCAGGAGGAUUUCCAAAUAGAUCCCUCACCUACCAAACGGCGAAAAACCAAAAAGUCUCGCCUUGUUGUUAAAUUUGGUCCACAAACCAAAGAGAAAACAAACAAACGGAAGAAGCCAUCACAGCAGAGUCCGCAAACACGGCAGGAGGGAAAAAGAGGGAAAACACCGCCAAGAAAUCUCUCAGAGAAAAAGGGAGUGUCACCGAAGAAGGGCGGAAAGGGGAAAGCGGAGAAGAAAAUUGAACAUUCGGUAUCUCCUUCUGAAACAAAAUCACCAUCUUCAACCCAGAACCCGCAACAAUAUCAAAGGGGAUAAAAUGAAAAAGCAAAAAGAAGUGGCCAAAGAAGGGGUUAUGCUCAUAAGUGAGAAGAAAACUGUUACUUUACCUGUAUUUAAAAAGAAAAAAACAACAAAAAGAAUUCAUAAAGAUGAGCCGGAGAAAGCAAAGAAUGGAAAGCUGAAGAAAAAACAGGCUGAACCCGAAAAAGUGAAGACCACUGCGAGCACAGCUGCAGCAGACAUCCCUUCACCACAGAUAAAGGAAGACGUUCUACUUCUACUGAAAGGUCACAAACAGCCUCAACUGAAAGUUUACAAGUUAGACCCUUCCAAAGCAUCAGGCCAGACACAGGCUUCCCCUCAUGAUCCCCAAACUAUUCCCCAAGAGAGU